UCCGUCCACCCCUCGUCGUCUUAUUACAUGACAUCAUAUUCCACACAGUACUGGGCUAUAGUGCAGUUUUGCUGUGAUUCACCUGGCUCUCUAUAAGCAUUUAUUAAGGGGCUCCCUCCUCAGUCUUAGCACAGUCACGUUCUGGUAUGCUUUAGAGAACAUCACUAGGACAAAGGCAAGUCGUGCAGCAACUCUGCUAGCCUCCGAGAGAACAUGAUGCUACACAAUCUAUUUGCUUGCACUAUUUGGUGCUUAUCAUCUGCGCUUACAAUAGCUGUGAACGUACAAGAUGUGGACAACCAGAUACUGGUGACAGGAGAAGUAACUUUAACAGAUUGUCAAAUCAAAGACCUUUCAAGGUGGGAUAAAGUGCUGACGAUGUUAGAGAACUCUCAGAUGAGACAGAAUAUGCUGCUUCAGAAUUUUGAAGAAGUUAAGGUGGAACUGCAGACGGUAAAAGAAGAUCUUGGGGCAGGAUCCUGUAGUGACUGCCUCAGCAGCAUUACUUCAGACAUUUCAAGGCUACUGGACUCUAAAUGCGAGCCUGAUGUCGCUUUCAGAAAAAAUGUGGAAAAAUCUAUUUUAAACCUUGACAUAAUCGAAAGACUAGACCGGAUUGAAAAUGCUUUCAAGAAAUGGGAAGAAGAUGCACAUAAUAAAGCUGAAUGUCCAGAUAAAGAGAAGCCAGUGAGCGAUUCAAGUGUUCUAAUCGAGCAGCUACACGACUGGGUCGAGCAACGCCACAUGCCAUCAGGUUGUGAUACAGCAAUACUAUUUCCAAUGAGAUCACCCAAGAUUUAUGCGAGCGCGCACCCUGCUGACAUGACCCUCCAGGCCUUCACUUUCUGUAUGUGGACAAAAGUGACAGAAGCCCUGGAAAAAACCAUUGUAUUCUCAUAUGGCACCAAGCAUAAUCCUUACGAAAUUCAAUUGUAUUUGAACCAACAGUCACCUGUACUAGUUGUUGGCGGGGAUAAGAACAAGGUAUCCGCUGAUAAUGCUGUGCAGGCAGGAAAGUGGUCAUACCUGUGUGGUACAUGGAACUCUGAAGAUGGCAAAACAGCAUUAUGGGUCAAUGGAGAACAUAAAGCAACAAGUCCAGAGUUGGCCCAGGGUCACAUCAUCCCUGGCAGAGGUCUAUUCCAGUUGGGGCAAGAAAAAAAUGGCUGUUGUGUAGGAGGAGGUUUUGAUGAAUCAUUAUCAUUUUCAGGAAAGAUUACAGGCUUUAACUUGUGGGAUAAAGUACUCAGUGAUGAUGACAUUGUGAAGACUUCAACAGGAUUUGACUGCAGCAUUCGGGGCAAUGUUAUAGGCUGGGGAACAACAGAAAUUCAACCACAUGGUGGAGCUCAGUAUAUUCAUUCAAGUUUCUAAUGGUUUAAUGCAGACACAUUAUAUGUCAGAUGCAUCAGUUCAAUUGUUCAUAAAACAUUUCUGUUUAAAGCUAUAUCCUCCAACUAGUAAUAACACUAUGUCCAGAGAUUUAGAAAUACUAUUACAAUCUCCCAUUUGGUAUUAAGCAUAGCUUCAUUUUUAUGAACAUUUACUAGCCUAGGGAAUUGUGUAUUUAGCAAUUUCCUCCUGUGCAUCUAUCUUCGGAAUGGCUUUAUUCAUAAGCAUUGGGAAUCCAAUAGAGGAGCAGUAGCACGGAUAUCUUAUUGUUUGCCAUUGUCACAUGAAUCUGUUAGCAUGCUGUUGCUGGCUGCAGAUACAGGAUGUCAUAAAACUGAUUUGUCUGGUGAUGGACUGGCAGGGAUGAAAAUGGAAAUGUGUAUUCCCCCAUGGCUUCCAUACCCUAUUAUCCAAGUGGAUACUCUGGUAGAAGGGAGUAAUUCUAAAGGUAUGCAAUUCUUUAACAUAUAAGAAUAGGUUCACUGUAGACAACCCUAUGCGGUUGCAGUUUGCUGAUAUAUAUCUUAGUCCUCAUACACAUGGCACAGCAUAGGAAGCUGCUCCGCAUCCUAUGGUUCCAUACUAUGGAAACAAAGACAUUCAGUGUGCUGAUUUAAAGGGAUUUUCAUGGAUUAGAAGAGAGUUGACUUGUUCUCAGGAUAGGUCAUCAAUAUCUGAUUGUGGUGGUCCAACUCCCAGCAACCCCCUGUACAGCUGUUUGAAGGGGCCGCAGUACUUCUAGCCCAGUAACAUCACAUUCAUCACUUACAUGGCCUAUGUGCAGUUCAGUCCCAUUCUAGUGAAGCAGCCACUAUACAAUGUGCGGGGCGGUGUGACCUCUUCACAAAGCUGAUUGGUGGUGGUGUUGGGUGUCAGACCCCCACCGAUCAGAUAUUAUUAACCUAACUGGAGGAUAGAUCAUCAAUAUUCUAUUAUGCAUUCAUUUUCUGACCUCUCAGACUGGCAGGACCUACAUUAAUGAUCAUACUUACCUGAUCCCCAACACUGCAUCCCAGCUUGUUCACUCCCCAGCUUCCACAGCUUGUCUUGGGUCCCUCUGUGUAAACUUCUGGUUUCACGCCGCUGCACCAAUUAAUGGCCAAUGCAGGUUAUCUGCUCCUCUUGCAUCAUGUGACCAUCUGACAUGACGCAAGGGGUGCAGCAGCCAGUGACUGGCUGCAGUGACAUCAACUUGGAAGUUUACAUGGAGAGACCUGAGUUCCAUAUUUUACUGCUUGAUUUAUACAGAAUCCAAUAGGGAAGAAACUCCAUAUGCUUUAUUAUAUGGGGGAAAGUAGGGUAUAGAAGUACAACUUGGAGGUUAUACACUGGUGUGAAUUAGGCCACAGAAAAUAAAUUUCACCACUGCUGCCACAAGUUUCCCUGUAAUAAAUGGGAAUGGGGGAGAGAAACUAUAUAAGAGUACAAAGCAGAACUUGUCACCUGAAGUCUCUCCAAGUGCAAUAUUUAGGAAAAGUAUGCCACCAAGCAGUGGAAAAUACAACAGCCACGAUUUACAUUGGGGGAUAUAGAUCUGCUAUAAAAAUGUCAGUGGUCUGGAAGGUUUAGAUUUAAUUGUACUUGGAUAUACAGUUAAAUUCUCAGAAAUCAAUGUUACCUUAAUCUAUUAAAUCUUCACUGAUGUUAUAUUCAGCAGUUAUAUCUCAAAGUCAAUGCAGACCUCAAGUACAAUAUUAGUUUAGAUCAGGAAUCGGAAACCUUCGGCACUCCAGCUGCUGUGAAACUAGAACUCCCAGCAUGCGCUUGGCUUUACUUUGAACUCCCACAGAAGUGAAAGGAGGAUCCUGGGAGUUGUAGUUUCAGAACAGCUGGAGUGCCGGAUGUUGCUGAUCACAGAUUCAGAUAGUCUACCUACAAUCUAGCGUCUGUUGAUUUAUCAAAAUCACUAAUGGAUGGCAAACAGCACAUUCUUCACAUCUACUGUAUAUGUUUAUUAAUAAGUAACUAUGAAGACAGCACAAAGCUACUUUAAUGUGUCUAAAUAGACGUAUGUUUUAAUGUGAAUUGCUAAUAUGCUAAUAUGCAAAACCAAGUCAUUUUAAGCCUAAUUAUAACCACUGUUUAUCACUCAUUAUGCCUGUAAUUAUAUAAUGUUGUACUAUAUUGUAAAUUGAAUCUGCAACAGUGACGUUAAAUAAAUACUAGUUUAUUUUUGUACAACUUGUAACAUAGGGAAAUACUAAAACUUUAUCAUACUGUUACAAUUCUGUAUAUCUCCGAAAGAACAUGGUUCUGGUUUGCACAAUAUUACAUAGCAAGCAUUAUUACAGGAUGUUACUGUUUGACAUACAGACACAGUAUGUUUAAGAAUAGCGAUACUGUAAGACACAAUUUUGAAACUAUUUUAAUAUUGUCACUAUGUAACAAUGUCUUUUACUACCAUUGCUGUAUUCUGUUUAAUUUUUUUAAGUCUUGUGGGAAUUCAAAGCAUUUUUGUAUAAAAAUAAAUUAUGUUUUCAAUGUACUGUUAUAUUUCAUUGUUCAGUGUCGGUUUCCCAAGAAUGACCUCGGUCACAAAGAAGUCCUGUGUCGAUUUCAGUACAAGGGGUUGCUAAUGACUAGAAAAAAAAAGUAUCUGCUAUUUUACCAGAAAUAGCAUCACUUUUGUCCAUUGACACAAAGUUGAGAGUCAUCAUUCCAGACCCAGCUCAAGAACAAAAAUGG